UUGUAAACAAACAAAUGGCAUGAGGUGACUGAUAGUGAUGUCAAAUGUAUUUAUAUAUGCUUCGUAAGUUUUAAAAUUUGUUAUUUUUCAAAUCUAGAGAAUGAAAUUACAGUUACUUGAAAAUGCUCCACCUUCAGUAUAUUAUAUACCAAACUUUAUCACAGAGUGUGAAGAAGCCAUAAUUAUUGAAAAAGUGAACACAGCUCCAAAACCAAAAUGGACUCAGCUAUCAAACAGAAGACUUCAAAAUUGGGGAGGAAUACCUCAUCCAAAAGGAAUGAUACCAGAACCUUUACCUGAGUGGCUUCAAGAGUAUGUAAAUCGAGUCAGUCAAUUGGAGGUGUUUGAGAGUGUUACUAAACCUAACCACGUUCUGAUCAAUGAAUAUCUUCCUGGUCAGGGAAUUAUGGCACAUUUUGAUGGUCCUUUGUUCUACCCAACUGUGGCAACCAUAAGCUGUGGGUCUCACACUCUGCUGAACUUCAUGAAACCUCCUGAAGAAAACUUAGUACAGUCUAAAGAGAAAUCCUUUUCCCUCUUACUUGAGCCUAGGAGCCUCCUACUGCUACAAGACUCCAUGUAUCAUGAUUAUCAACAUUCCAUUGAAGAGGUUCUUCAAGAUGUCAUAACAGAUUCCAUUGUCAAUUUAAGUGAAACUAGUCAAAACAAUGCCAUAGGUAAUGUUUUAGACCGCACUACACGGAUAUCUCUUACAAUAAGGCAUGUGCCGAAAACAACAAAAUUAAAAAUUAAGCUUUGUCGAUGAAAGUGCUUUUAAUAAGACUGUUUGUUUUUAUACUAUUACACUGUAAAUAAAUUCAAAGUGCUUUUAUUAUUAUGUAA